CUGGCGGGAAAGAACAUGAUUUGGUGGCCUGUUGGAGCUUCCCUGUUUGCCAGUAAUGUGGGGAGCGGGCAUUUCAUAGGGCUGGCUGGGUCAGGAGCUGCAUCUGGUAUAGCGGUGACUGCUUAUGAGUGGAACGGAAUGUUCAUAGUGCUUCUACUGGCCUGGAUAUUCCUGCCGAUUUACAUUUCAUCUGGGGUGACAACCAUGCCUGAGUAUUUGAAACGAAGAUUUGGGGGGAAAAGAAUACAAAUAUAUAUUGCUGUUUUAUAUUUGUUCAUUUAUAUUUUUACUAAAAUAUCGGUUGAUAUGUAUGCAGGAGCAGUGUUCAUCCAGCAAGCCUUGCACUGGGAUCUUUAUGUGGCUGUCAUACUUCUGCUAGCCAUCACAGCCCUGUACACUGUGGCAGGAGGGCUCGCUGCAGUAAUCUACACAGACGCUCUACAGACUGUUAUCAUGCUGGUCGGUGCAUUGAUACUCAUGGUAUUCUGCUUUAUUCAGGUAGACGGGUGGGAAGGGCUGCAAGAUAAAUACUUUAAAGCCAUUCCCACGGUCCGUGACACAAACACCAGCUGUGGACUGCCACGACAGGACGCUUUCCACCUCUUCCGGGACCCCGUGACCUCCGACCUGCCCUGGCCAGGAGUCCUUGUGGGAAUGACUGUUCCAUCCAUCUGGUAUUGGUGCACCGACCAGGUCAUUGUCCAGAGGUCCUUGUCUGCCAGGAACAUGCUCCAUGCCAAGGGGGGGUCCUUGUUUGCUUCCUACAUGAAGGUGCUGCCUUUCUUCAUGAUGGUCCUGCCUGGCAUGAUCAGUCGUAUUCUCUACCCAGAAGAAGUUGCUUGCGCAGAUCCUGAGAUCUGUACACAGGUCUGUGGUAAUGCAUUAGGGUGUUCUGAUAUUGCUUACCCAAUGCUGGUUAUGAAACUUUUACCUGUAGGAUUGCGAGGCCUAAUGAUGUCAGUGAUGAUCGCGGCCCUCAUGUCUUCUCUGACCUCCAUCUUUAACAGCUCCAGCACCAUCUUCACCAUAGACCUCUGGCGCUACUUCCAUCCUCGAGCCUCCGAAUGGGAGCUUAUGAUUGUUGGCAGGGUGUUUGUGCUGGUGCUGGUGGUGAUCUCAGUGCUGUGGAUCCCGUUGGUACAGGCUAGUCAGGGAGGACAGCUCUUCAUCUACAUCCAGUCUAUCAGCUCCUAUCUGCAGCCACCUAUUGCUAUUGUCUUCAUGGCAGGCUGCUUCUGGAAGAGGACCAACGAGAAGGGUGCAUUCUGGGGCCUGGUUCUAGGGAUGCUGUCUGGUUGUAUUCGGAUGGUGUUGGAUUUUGUGUACACCGCUCCACAGUGCCACGAGGAAGACACCCGCCCUGCAGUUCUCAAGUACAUCCACUACCUCUACUACUCUGUCAUCCUCUCUGUCUUCACGCUCAUUGUAGUUGUCGUGGUCAGCCUGGCCACAGAACCGCCUACCAAAGAAAAUAUCAGUCGCCUCACUUGGUAUACAAGGUUUGACAAGCCGGUGCAGAGUGCCCUAGAAAUCAAGACUGUGGACAACGAUAGAGACUCAGCAAGCCCUGACAGACAACAGCUAUCUACGAUGGAGGACAGUCAUAAACCAGAUUCUAAAGUGAAAUCUGCGAUACUGUGUAUUUGUGGUCUGGAACGCAAGAAUGAAAGAAACAGUCAGGAACCUCCAAAACCUGAACCGAACACUUGCUCUCUGGAUGAAGACCCUUGCAAGAAACACAUCGUGAACGCCAAUCUGAUUAUAUGCAUGUGUACUGCAGUCUUCUUAUGGGCAUAUUUUGCAUAGAAAACAAUGCUGUAACACUGGCACUGAUGUAUAUAAAUGUACAUUUGUGCUGAUUUUUUUUUUUGUAUUGCUUUUUAAACAGAACACCAGUCUUUUAUGCUGGAGUUACAAUUCAAACGUUUGUUGUAUUUAUUCAUAAUAUACUGUUCACUUUUGUACUUCUGAUCAUUUGGGUUUGACUUGCAGGUGGCACUUCUUUCAAUUGAUAGUAUCCAGGACCAUGGAUAAUGUAUCAUUAACUGAGCACUACAGUUACACUCUACUGCUAUUACUUCCAAAAUACUGCUUCAUAUGUUAGAUUAAGAUGCACGAUUAACAGUUUACUGUCCUUAGUGAUUCCUGUGAAAAGCGAGUCCAUCUUCACUCUUUAGUUGAAUCAUCACAGAUAAAUACUGUAUAAGCACUGCUUCUAAUUUCUAUUUAAAUAUUUCUACUAUAUGCAAAACUAACUCAAAUUAAGAAAUAUGAUUUGUCACUCUUAUCUAGAUAAUACAAGCUGUAGCGUUGCACUGCUUUGCAGUUUAAUUUAAUGAUUUGAAAAAUGUUCUACAUACUGUAUUUAGAUUGUAUUUCCUAGAGAUUGUGUGAUCAACCCAAAAUCAUUUGUACAUAUAACACCUCCUGUAGAGACAGACUUUUGUCACUGUGAAGUCCUUUGCAAUAUUUUGUACUGAGAAUCCUCAUCCAAAUAUAUAAAUGUGUUUGCAAAUGCUACAUUCUGUAUUGCUUUUUUAAUCUUACAGAACUAGAAAAACUCAGGUUAACAUAAGAUCCUUAAGUACACCAGAGAA